AUGGCAAGCUCGGGAUCUUUUUCACCAAUCGAGGAGGUUGCAAAUAACACCUUCGAUUACAUUAUCUGCGGUGGUGGUACUGCUGGCUUGACACUCGCCGCACGCCUUUCGGAAGAUCCUUCCAUUUCUGUCCUGGUGCUCGAGGCUGGGCAUGCGAACCUGGAUGAUCCUACGAUCCUCGUUCCGGCGCAGCACUUGACCCAGGUUUUCGACGAUCGCUAUGACUGA